CGGACUCGACUCUUAUAUAACCCUGGCCAUGGCCCCCGAUCCACUCCAACAAGGCUCGCCCAACGAGCAGACAGACCCCACCUCCAACCAGACCCAGACACUGCCCCACAUGUCCGACUCAAUCCAAGAACCCUCUCAGAGCGACGACAAGGCUUCGCCCGCCUCUGCCUCAUCCAACAAAGACCAGAACGACUCGGCAACCAAGCGCGCAAAUGCAAAAGAUCCCUUGAGACCGAGGAGAAAGAAGGCGCGUAGAGCUUGCUAUGCCUGCCAGCGUGCACAUCUGACAUGCGACCACUGUCACGAUGGAGUACGAAAGAAGGCCAAAUACCUACACGAUGCGCCAAACGAAGCUCUGGUACCACACGCUUACAACCAGAAUCAGAGUCAAUUGAAUCAAGCUACUCCUGCCACAGAGUCUACUCCCGUAGCCCAGUCCUCAUCGUCAUACUAUCCUACUCCUGUUGGAGCUCAGCCCUUUGCGAACUUCGGUCACACUCCUUCAGUGGCUCCUAUCAACUCACCUUCAGCCACCGAAUCCCCAAUGGUUCAUAGCAACCCAUACGCUCCCCAGCAAAAUAUGGUCACUCAGCCCUUCUCUUCGACCGCUUCUCAACAGAUGCCACCUCCUCAGGAACCUAUUUCCUCUAUCGCACACACUUCUGGAGACGGAAAGCCUGGCCAGUCCUUCAACGCUCCGUUCUUCGAUCCUGCCGACCCUUCGCUCUUCAACUUCGACAUCUCGAGUCUGAACUUUGGCAAUCAUUAUGGUGCUUUGGAGUUUGGCAUGCUUGGGCACAUGUCUUCUGGUGCUGUCGAGACUCCCGACACCGACAACAGUAAUCUGAUGACCUCAAUCCCUUAUGACCCAACCAACUCGAAUUAUUCAACCACCUUUCCCUACGGCAACUCCGGGUUCAACGAUUGGCAGCGCAACAACGAUGGUGCUAGACAAAACAGCUCUGGUCAGGUCUUCUCCAUAACAGGAGAUAGCAGUUUUGACGGACAGCUCAACUUCCCCAACGCCUUUGCUAUCGGAGAGAAUGGCUCCAUGUCAGGAGCAAGUCCCAGCGCCGCAAACCUGAUGGACUUUAGCGCAGGCUACAACUCGAGUCCUGUCGCUUCAGCGCAACACAUGCUGCACAACCCGAGCCAAGAUUACAACCGCCAUCAACAUCGACCGCAGAUUAGAAAUAGUUUAUCAACGAACGACAUACACCAGACGCGGUCGAAUCAACACAGAAAGCGACGAGAUCCUUCUGACAUAUACACAUCAGUCACCGCUCCAUAUUCAUACACUACCGGCUUCCACGCCCUAACCGCAUGCCUGCAAAGAUUAUACUCACCACAGAAGACUGCGCGAAUCGCCAGAGCUCUAGCAGCCAUUCGACCGUCCUUCAUCUCUUGCACAAAACAGUUGAAUGUUGACGACCUAAUAUUCAUGGAAAAGUGCUUCCAAAGGACGCUGUUCGAAUACGACGACUUUUUGACAGCUUAUGGAACGCCGACGUUGAUUCUACGUCGUACUGGCGAAGUCGCUGCCGUCAGCAAAGAAUUUUCGUUACUGACAGGAUGGUCAAGAGACGUCCUGCUCGGCAAGGAAGCAAAUCAGAAUAUCAACAUCGGCAACGCAUCAGGCCGCCAAACAGGGGCCAGCACAAGAGGUACUGCUACACCUCGUGCGCAAAGCAUUGCAGACAAUCCAGGUCGAUUGCAACCAGUCCUUCUUCCAGAGCUUAUGGAAGACGACAACGUCAUCGAUUUCUACGAGGAUUUUGCAAAACUUGCCUUUGGCGACUCACGUGGUGUCAUGAUGAAGCCUUGCAAGCUUCUGAAAUACAAGACCAAGGAAGAUCCUGGUUGGAGUGCAGACCUUCUAGCCGAACGAGAGAACAGGCUCAACAAUGGCAAACCUGUCGGUCCCCUCAUUAGCGGCGAGUCUGGAAUGAACUCGCUAGGUGAUCGGGACGGCAAGGUGUCUUGCAUGUUCUGCUGGGUGGUCAAGCGAGACGUCUUUGACAUUCCCAUGAUGAUUGUUAUGAAUGUGAGUUUUGGAGAUUCCCUUAUCAACCUCAGAAGAACGAUAUAC